GGUAAUGAUAGAAAGCUUCUAUACUUAUGUGUGUUUAACAAAAUCAUGUCCUUUGUUAUAGAAAAAAUUAUUAUGGAUAUAUAUGUUUUUAAAUAUAUGAUUCAACGAAGGGAUCAACAUAUGGGUUUCCUCCAUCAUUAUUGUGACCUCAUUGUUUUAAAUGAAGAAGAGAUUGAAAACAAAACAAGGAAAACGCGCGGAAAGUAAUACGAAUUGAGCAUCAUCCGCGAACAAUUGAGCAUAUUUCUUGCAAAAUGUCAGUGGAAAAAUCACCUUUAAGGAAAAGUCCAGAAGAUUGCAGCCUUAAUUCGUCUUCCUCCUCAUUUCGAGGUUGCUGGGCAGAAGAGAUGCAAGAGAAGGACAAUAUUGAGCAACAACAGUCUUUCAACAGCAGCGGAGAAAUGUCUAGCAAAAAUGACAACGAAGAUCUUAGGAAAUCCACACAUUCGGUAUCGCAAGAGCGCGAAAUAUCUUUGGAAUUCAUUGAUGGUGUAAAUGAAGAAAAAUUUGAACGGUUAGUAAAGGAGGAUAAAAUAAAAACGCCUUUCAAAAGGCGCUAUUCACAAACUCCGAGCAACGACAGUCACUCCGACAGUCCGAAUGACUCAAAUAGCGAUUAUGGUGCCGGCGAUGAUGCAGGCAAUUUUAAGCGCACAACUAAUCAAAACAAAAAUCACCAGGACAUUCAGAAACGUUUACGUUAUAAUAGCUAUGGCUCUAACACCUCUUUCAAUAAAGAGAAACAAGUAGAGGACGAUCCUGUUAUAUUAGCGCGCCGUCAGAAACAAAUUGAAUAUGGCAAAAACACUGUAGCUUACGAACGUUACAUUGAGAUGGUGCCAAUACGCAAGCGCACUCGCAGUCAUCCUCGCACCCCAAAUAAGUAUGGCAAGUACAGUCGUCGCACUUUCGAUGGGCUGAUAAAAGUAUGGCGCAAACAGUUGCAUUUCUAUGAUCCAGAGCCUGCCGCUGGCACUGCUGGUGGUGCUGACAACGACGACGAUGAUUCGGAUUAGUUGCUCUCCUUGCGCAAAAUUGCGAUUAUAUUAAAUAAAAAGUAGUCUACGUGUUUUCAUGUUUAUUUUUAAUAAAUUUUGCUUGUUGUAAAUGCUCUAUUUCUGUUUGUAUUAGUAUAUAACGAGUACUAUAUUGUUAAGUUCUAAGUAAUAUUACUUUCGGCAAUGAAUGUGUACAAAAAUGAAAGUUAUGUGAAAAAGUUUAGAGAAUAUUUAAUAAGGGAAAAUCAAUUUAAUUUAUGCACAAAAUACUUACUUUUGCGCACAUAUCGUUAACUAUUAUAGCGUAUAAGGCAAUACCCUUUCAAGUAGGCCUGUGGCUUCAGCUGAAACCUUAAUAAAAUAAAAAUUACCUAUAAUUUAUUCAUAUAAUACAUAUGCGAAAAUA